GAAAAACACGAAGAAGACGAAGAAGAAGAAGCAGAAGAAGAAGAAGUAAAACGAUUCCGCUAUUUGGUAGCUUAGCCCGAAUGUGCCUCCAAAUAUGUGAAAAAUGUGAGGUUAACUAACUUUCGACCGCUCUUUCUACUCUAACUGCCAUCACCCACAAACCAUGGCGGACUACCAGUUUCUUUUGGACAUGGACCAGAAGUCGAUAAUAAGUGCUGUUGUUUCUUUUGGUCUUGUUAUUGUAGCUAUCGUCAGCAUUAGCUAAUUUAGCUAACGUAGCUGUUUUCAUUUUCAGCCUAACCCAAGUUAAUUCAUUGCUGCGGGGUAGUAAACAGCAAGAACAAGGUAACUCUGGAGGAAGUUGCAGCAGGAAUAACUGACCCGAGCGAUGCUUAUGUUAUGGAUCUUAACUCAGUUGGUAUUUGAUCGUCACUGAUAUUUUAAGCAAGGUUGUUGUGCACGAUUUGCCAACGUUGUUGGAAAAGUGAAAAUAACCAUCUGCAGCUGCAUGCUCUAUAAGCACACACCUUAAUAGAAAAUUGUGUUAUUAGCUAAGGUUAGCUAAUUUAACACGCCCAAUGCUCCCUGCAGCGCAAGCUUUAACGUUAACGAGUUGGCGUUAUUGCUGUCUGCAUGUUUUGAGAUGGAGCAGCAGAUAGCUGACAGUGAGAUGGCUCUCGUUCUUCUCCGCACAUCGGUCUGAGUUGUAGGCCUGUGAAAGAAGAAAUCAUGUCUUGCAAAGCCGCAGUCAAGGACAAGAAGUCGAGCUUCAGCAAGAAGCUAUUCAGACGAGGCUCUGUGCGCUCCGUUGGCAGUUUUAUGAGCAGAGUCAUAAGGACACUGACAGCGUUAUCUCACUUUGGAUCUGAAGUGCAAACGGAGGAUGACAAAGACGAUGGAGGAUUUUCCACCUUUAAAUCUGGAAGUAAAGAUGUGCCCAUGGAAGAUGGGGAACUCGGGGGUUUCCUGUCUGGAGAGAGAAUUCCUGGAGUGUCAGGUCUCAAAAACCACGGGAAUACAUGCUUCAUGAAUGCAAUCCUGCAGUGCCUCAGUAACACUGAACUCUUUGCUGAGUACUUGGUUUUGGAGCACUAUAAAGACAAGGAGCUGGGUGAGGACAAACCAAAGACAAAUGGCAUACAUCUGCAGAAGAAGGGUCCCCUGGGGAAAGGAGAAGUUACAGAGCAGUUGUCAGGACUUGUGCGGGCUUUAUGGACAUUUGAGUAUACCCCCCAGCAUAGUAGGGAUUUUAAGAACGCUGUGUCAAGAAAUGCCACUCAGUUUAAAGGGAAUGCCCAGCAUGAUGCUCAAGAGUUUCUACUGUGGCUGCUGGACAGAGUACAUGAGGAUCUCAACACCCUCAACCCCAACAGUAGGCCUGCUAUUAAGCCACCUAUUGAAGAAGAUGACCAAAGCAUAGAGGGACCAUCUCCUCCCCUCUCUGCUGGGUCGUUUGUACAAGAACUAUUUCAGGCUCAGUACAGGUCUUCUCUCACCUGCCCACAUUGCCAAAAGCAGAGCAAUACCUUUGAUCCCUUCCUCUGCAUCUCCUUACCGAUCCCACUGCCUCACACACGGCCCCUGUAUGUGACAGUGGUCUACCAGGGGAAGUACUCUCACUGUAUGAGGAUUGGAGUUGCUGUUCCCCUCAACAGCACCGUCUAUCGCCUCAGAGAUGCUGUGUCACGUGAGACCAAGAUCCCAAUGGACCAGUUUGUUCUGACUGAAAUGUACUAUGAUGGCUUUCAUCGUUCAUUUUGUGAUGAUGAUGAUGAUCUAGACAUCAUUCAGGAGAGUGAUUCUAUAUUUGCCUUUGAGACACCAGAGACCUUCAAACUGGAAAACUUGCGCACAAAACGAGGAAGUCUUCUGGCAAACCUGAAUCAUAACAACUUGAAGUAUGGUCCAGAAAUCAGCAGGACUCCAUCUUUCAUGCAGGGGGCCAUGACUCCUUUAACUGCAUCACCGAAUAAAAACCUUGGACCUGAAAAAAUGAUCCUUCUGGUGUGCAACAGAGCAUGUAGCGGCCACCAAGGAAAGAGGUUCGGACUCCCUUUUGUACUGUACAUGGAGCGUACUGUGACCUGGGAUGCUCUGCAGAAAGAGAUCCUGGAGAAAAUGCGUCAUCUAUUGAGGCCUGGGGUCUACAUUCAGGUUGGGCCUUUCAGUCUUCGGGUGGUUGGCGUCGUUGGCAUCACCUACCUGCUUCCCCAAGAUGAGAGACCACUGUGUCACCCGACUGUGGAUAGAGCAUACAAGUCCUGUGGACAAGGGGGACCACCACAUGUGAAAAUAGUGGUAGAGUGGGACAAAGAGACAAAGGACUAUCUGUUUGGACACACUGAGGAGGAGUACAUUCCUGAUGCGGAGAGCGUGUAUCUGCACAGGGAACAACAUCAUCAGCCGCAGGCCUGCACCCUCUCUCAGUGCUUUCAGCUCUACACUAAGGAGGAGCAGCUGGCCCCAGACGAUGCCUGGCGCUGUCCCCACUGCAAGCAGCUGCAGCAGGGCCGAAUUAAACUCAGCCUGUGGACGCUGCCGGAUGUGCUCAUAUUACACCUCAAGAGGUUCAGACAGGAGGGGGACCGGAGGGUGAAGAUGCAGAACAUGGUGAGGUUCCCGCUGAUGGGCAUGGACAUGGCACCUCAUGUGGUUAAAAGGAGCCAGAGCAGCUGGAGUUUACCCUCCCAUUGGUCGCCAUGGAGACGUCCAUAUGGCUUGGGAAGGAACCCUGACGACUACCUGUAUGACCUGUACGCUGUGUGCAACCACCAUGGCAACAUGCAUGGAGGCCACUACACAGCCUACUGUAAGAACUCCAUUGAUGGUCAGUGGUACUGCUUUGAUGACAGCGAGGUUUCACAUGUAGCCGAUGAUGACGUGUGUCAGCAGACGGCUUAUAUUCUGUUCUACCAGAGGAGGACGGUGAUUCCCUCGUGGUCAGCCAACAGCUCUGUCGCCGGUUCCACCAGUUCAUCCUUGUGUGACCACUGGGUCAACAGGCUACAUGGCAGCAGGCCUGCUAGUUUGGCUUCUGGAGCCUCAUCUAGACGCACCUCUCUGGCAUCACUGGCUGAGUCGGUAGAGUUCCCAGGAGAACGCAGUGAAGAUGAUGGAGGGUUCUCUGUGCGUCCUUUUGUGAGAAGCAUUCAGCGUCAGAGUCUGUCCUCCAGGUCGUCCAUCGCUAGCCCUUUAGCCUUCAGCGACAGUGGGAUAAAGCCUUCUUGGUCUCUGUCUGCGAAGCUGCACAUGAGAUCCAACUCGCCCUCACGUUUCUCCCUUGAUUCUCGAUGUUCUCCUCCUCUGGAGAGGAUAGGAGAGGCCUGUGACGAUAAAGUUUCCACAUCCUGUUUUGGCAGCUACAGUAGACAUGAACGCUACUUUGGCAGCAGGUCCCCCCUGUCUAUGAUGGAGAGCAACUUGAGUGACCAAGACAACAAUAAACGGUUCCUCGACAUGAUCUACUGCAGGGCUCCCACACCGGUUGAAAAGAAGAGCACCAAAAAUGAGACAACGGAAAACAACAACCAGAUUACAGCUAUAGACCAAAACGUUCUGCCCUCCCAAGGUACUCCCUCCAAAGAACAGAAACGUAAGAGCAGUCUUGGAGGAUUUGCCUCAAAGGCAGAAAGCACAGGCUCCACUAAGACUUCCAGCAAAGUGGAGCAAGAGAAAACCUCCAAAAAGCGUUUAUGCUCAACCCAUAAGACCUCAGCUUCUGAGACGUCUUCCAGUACGCCUGUGAAAGGCAAAAAGGUGAGCAAUACUAAAGAAAAGAGUGUAAACGUCAAGAAAGGCACCUCUACACCCAGCGGAACCCCCUCCAAAACAAAGGAGGCAACUCAAUCUGUAGAGGCAACGCCACAACACAAGCAAUGCAUCCGCUCCACACCUCAGUCCUCGGCUUCUCCUUCACCAACGGCAAAGAAGAAUUCCAGCGUCACUGACAAAGGCUCCACAAGUAGUCGGAAAAAGCUGGCAGAAAGGAGCUUCAGCAGAGAUUCUAUGCACACUAGCCCCCCGGUGGACAGUCUCAGAGGCAGCUUGGCAUCGCGCUCUUCACUGUCGAAGGGUGGGGAAAGCAACCGGCCUGAAAGGAGAUUAAUAAGGAGCUCUAGCAGCAGUUCUUCUGUCACUAGCCUGCGCUCACCCAGCGUAUCCACCAGAGACCUGCAGCGCAGCAGCAAACCUGAAGAAAAAGGGCUGUCUUUCUUCAAGAGUGCCCUCCGACAAAGAGAAAGCCGCCGGUCGGCUGACUUAGGAAAGAACGCAAUGCUUGUCAAAAAGGCUUCGGAGAGGACCGGCAAGCAGAACGGACAUGCCAAGGACGUCGGUGGUGAUAAGGGAAAGACAGAAGACGCUGUGUCUUCGCAGGCAUCUCUAGAGACUCAUGGAGGUGAGACAAAGUCAGAGACAAAGAUGUCUUCCAAACCCCCCAGCUCUCUCAGUCGCACUCUGUUAAACGUUGGCAAAUCCAAGUCUUCCACUUCUGAAGUAAGUCUCAAGUCUCCAGCAAACGGGAAGAAGCCUCUUGAAAGGAUGGCAUCUUCCCGAAAGCUGUCAUCAAGCAUGCAAUCUCCUGCACGUACAACACAAAAGCCUCAAUGAUACAUCCAUAGUACAUUGAACUUACAUAAUGCAGCUAUUUUCUUUGUGCCUAAGUUUCAGUGAGCGGCAGAUGUAUUUGUCGAGAGACAUUUUUUGAUGUUAUUUAUUUUAUUUUUUUUAUUUAUUUAUUUUUUUUUUACUGGGUUCAGAUAUAUGUGUUGGCUUUGAGGUUUAAAUUUUGGCAGCCAACUUUUGAGUUUUUUUAGUCAUAUUGAAUUAAAAGCAAAGAAGUGCACAUGUGAGUGCAAAAACACUACAUGAGGAGGGUUAGUUUGCCUGCAAAGUAUUCUGCUAAAAAAAACAAAACAAAAACCUGACUUAAAAUGCAUAUCCAGUUUAUUAUACAGUGUAUAAUAAGCAGCUGGCUACUGACACUUAAACCUCAUUAUUUUGAGUAUUUUAAAAUCCACAUCAGUGAGGACAGAACCAUAACAUCACAAAAUAGUCUCUGGACAAAUACUGAAACCGAGUCGACAUGCUCACCAACACAAGCGCACAAGCAAAAGAGUUUCAUUCCGAAAUAAUUGUGGCCAAGCGUUUAUAGUAGUUUUCAUUGAUUGUUUCAAGUAAAACUUAGGUCUGUUUCUUCAGAUAUUUUUGCAAACCCCUCAUGCAUUGUUUAAGAGGGUGUAGCAUUCGUGUUUUUUGUCUAAAGCUAUUUGGGGAAAGACGUGAGUAUAUUAUAUGUGCUGGUAAGUUGUUUCAUGUCUUGAGAGUUUCGAGGAUUGAUGCUGUGCUGACUAGACAGACAUUAAAAGAUUAAAAAUACAGAGGUGAUGGCAGGCCCUGGACCAAAACAGAAAAAGAUUUGAGAGAAGGAAGAAUUUGAGACACUUUUCCCAAUAUUUUAAAAAUGUAUUUUUGUUUACUACUAGUACUUUUUCGAAAAUGUAUUUUAUGAAGUUACCUACUUUUAUCUCAAAGGGACCUUGUGUUUUGGAAUGAAACCCUUUAAAAUCAAAUUCUCUCUCUCUAUAUAUAAAGUAUAUAUACAGUGUGUGUGUGUCUGUACAGAUAAUGACAAAGUAUAUGGUAUAUACACCAUUUUUUUCCCUUUCCAUAAGCAAGAGGAAAAUGAUCUUAAGCGCCUUUCAAUGCUGUACAUGGAAACAAGUAAUUGCCUUUGGCAAUAUUGUAGUCUACUGCUGUAUGCAUCACUGAGUAGGAAUGUUGUAUCGUUCGCACUUUGUAUAGAUAAAGUAGUUUUUCUUUUACCCACAACAGUCACAUAUAUAAAUACACACUAACCAAUGUAAGUAACUCAUUUUUAAUAUGUUCUCUGUCCAUGAGUUCCAGACAUAUCGUAAAGUAUCGUUAACGGGCCUUAGACUUGAAAUGGUAAAAGGGUACAUUCAUCUCUGUGUUUCAGGGGUCAUUUUAAGAAAUCACCUCUUUACUACACCUGGUGCUCUAACAGGCUGAUGCUCCUCUGGCACUGAUAUUUCUUAAAUGAGCAUGUUUUCAAAUGCUGAUGUUCAGAACUGUGACCACACACUUCAGUGAACCAGAAAACUGUCGGCAGCAUUUAUCAUAACCUGUGGUACCUCACUGGAGUAGACAGCACGUUGCCAUUUUUUUCCCUCUCCAUCAGGCUGAAACAGAGUAUUGAUAACUAGCGAUUUAAGUAAUCAUAGAAAUACAUUUCUAUUGUCUCUGAGCAUUUGUUAAAAUAUGGACAUGUGGCCUGGAUUGUGUCAACUAUAAAACACUGCAUGGGUUAUUUUUUGCAGGGAAGUGAUAGAAGCACAUGCAGAGGCAGGAAAUGGUCACUGCAGCUUUCGUGAUGCUCUUUGGUCUCAUUUUGAACAAUCAGCUUUUAUCAUUGUAGGAUUAUCCCCAACUGAAAUUGCAAUAUUUUUACAUUAGAUACCAGCGUAAUGCAUGUUUUGGAUGAAUGAAUGUGUUUACGCCCUUGAAAUCCAAGCAUUAGUAAGUAUAUCAAAUGUUUUUCUGUAGCAUCUACCAAGUUUACAUUGGUUCUCAGAUGGUUUCAGAGGGAAUACCACUCAAUUUAAAGAUUUCUGUAUGUUAUUUAAAUGGUCCGUGCAGGGUUUGAGCUAAUCGGGAGCUUUAAUGUGCCUGGAUUUAGAUGUGUCACAUCGUUCAACAGCAUUCAGUCUGAGUCAAACGCUGAGAUUAGCUUUAAGGCCUCACAGAAGCAUCACAGUUUUUAGUUGAAUGCCACAACAAGCUGUUUAACAAUGUUGCUAAAUGGUGACACUUUCAAUCCAAGUUCUACCCAGCAAUGUUUUAUUUAGACGGCCUUCUGUCGAGAGUAUUAAACAGGCCAUAGACACAACAAAACUGAGAGCAACCGUAAAACAUAACGUAUUGGUUAACUACCUGCAGUUUGGUAAGUUUCUCUGUAAAUCUCUCUCCAAAACAUGAAGACCAGAACAUCAAACCUGACAUUUAGAAGAAUGUAUUUUUUUUGUCAGUCAGUUUAUCUGUGAAGUGAUGAACAUUAAUAACAAAAUGUAUUCUCAGGAUCCUCAUCACUUUGACAAGCUGACCAGCAGGCCAGUUGGCUACUGCGCUCAAACAGUCACUGACCACAUAAAUAGCACACUGCUGUUUAAAUGUGAUGGUAUUCCUUCAGCUGCUCUUUUCUACUUUACGUUGUAAUCUAUCAGGAACCUGUGUGUGCGGCACUUUGGCUCAGAGUCGGACAGAUUUGUGUGAUUUUGGCUUUCACCGCCUUGUUUGAUUGUUGUAAGGUCUGUUAAUGAUUUGUAAUGGCUAGUUUUCUUUUCCUAGCUAAAUCAUGCCAUUACAUGUAAAAUUAAAUUAGUUGGAUUACUAAUCCAUUAAUGUAGCCAGAACCCAGUGCUGAGGCCCCCUUACAUUUUUAUUUAGUUUUUUGGGCCAUUGUAAACAAAGGUAAUUCUGUACACUCAUUAAAUCAAACCUUCAGAAUUCUUUCUAUACACAAUCUGAAUCUGAAAGCUGCAGCCUUUUUCCUCCUCUUGUUUUCCAUCCAAUUUUCAUUCAUCUGCAACAUGUGUGUCAACAACCUCCAUCUUGCCUACAGGACUGUGUUGUUUUUACAAUGUGUAAGCUGAGAUGAGACACGAUGGUUCGUUCAGUAAGCUCAUUCGGUAGCAAUAGUAAAGAGGUCUGUGCUGGGCUAAUUUGAAUGGCUCGGCAUCACUUUGUUCUUGUGUUACGUCACAGGAAACGGCUGUCAUUUAGUGAUUAACGUGACACUUUUUAAUCAGUAGCAAACAACUUUUAAGCCUUUAUUGCACUUGUGGUAGCAUAAAAACCCAACAGUCAUCUAAUUCAUUCAUUAGACUGGAAGGAAGCUGAGGUUUGGAUUACCAAAACAUGCAACGUUUCUGACUUUGUACAGCUCAAAAGGCCAUUAAAACCAGACAAGUACUGUACUCCAUAUGAGAGGUAUAAUUAAUCCAAAUACACACCUGUUGAAACGAGAUGUCGAAAAUAUGAGAAAAUGAAUCCACAUCUUUACAGAGUUAAUUUUCCUCUUUUGUUCUCUUCACUGCAGUUAUUGUCUGUUUUUUUUCUUUUUAAUUUGUUGAUGAUUAAGGAAUGCAGUAUUGCAUGAAAACGCUAAUGCAUGUAUUUCAUUAACUAUGCAAGAGUCCUCAGCUGUGUAAAGUAGAAAGCAGAGCAUGGCUGGUAUAUUCCAUUGCUUAAUUUGCACACCAUUCCGAUAUUUAGAAAUUGUAAUUUACAGAAUAUUUCAUCUGUACAGUUAAAAGGAUUCAACUUAAAAAUCUUGCCAAUAUAAAAAUCUAUUUAAUGCCAUAUUUGCUUUCAUCACUUUAUCACUUAAUUUUUAUAUAUUUGUUAUUUCCUCUUUUUAUUUUCUAAAUUCUGCUGAUCUGUGCUUUCUGGGUGCUCCUACCAAACUGGUAGGUUACUGUUUUUUUUGUUUUGAUGUUUAAUAAUUAUUACUGGUGUACACCAGCAGAGACAACACUAUGGAUGCGAUAAUCUCUAUGUGUUUACGAAAUAGCCUCAUGUAUGUAUGUAUGUAUGUAUUGUGAAAAAGCCUUCCAUUAAUUCACUUAAGUGAUAACAGUUUGUGAAGCCUUGUGAAAUGUUCUCAGCUGCAUCAAAGAUGUGAUCAUCUAUUAUAAAGACAACUCAUAUAUAGAUAGAUAAAUGCAAUAAACAGAGAUAGUACAUUUGUAGUUUUAUAUUACACUACGUAAUGAGCAGCGACAUUAAAAUGUAAAUGUUCAGUAAAUACUUUUUGUAGUAUUUAUGUCACAUUUCCCAUGUUUUGUUAAAGAUGUGAUUUUUUCUUAUUUGAAAUGGUCAUGUUUCAGAGCAGAGCCACCAUUUAUUUCUGAUAACUGGUCAACUGGGUAUAAAACAUCAAUCAGUUUUUUAAAUGCAUAUAACAGUCCCUGUAGGCAUCAGUUAAGAUUAGAGGGAAAAAAAUGAAUGGAGUUGUUGUGUCACGGCUGUUUAGUUGUUGUUAACAGUCACAGAAAGGUGAAACUUAAUGCCAUUAUCUGCAACAUGUUUGUGAAGGCAUUUGACCACUGAAUCAAAGUUGCCAUAACCACUGAAACUGAAACACGUACUCUGCAGAUACUACAGCAAUGCAGCUGCACGGAUACAAAUGUUGAAAUAUUCAAGAACUCGAACGGUUAUGACUUUGGGGUGAAAUUGUUUCUGGACUUUAUUAUUUUGUGGCAGAUGUUUGAGGCUUUUGAGGACAUUUUUUUUGUCAAAUGUAAACAUCACAAACGUGACGCUGAGACUUUUGAGAAGCCUUAAGACGGUUAGUUUGUAUCUGUCUUUGGAUGAUGCUGUGCAAAUGAAUGUCAUGAGUCUCAUUUAGAUUGUUUUCUAAGCUAACAAAGAACACUACAGUGCUAAAUAUGUGGCACCCCUCCCCUUUGACCCUUUUGUCUUCUACUUCUGAUUUUUUUUUUUAAAUGUCAUCAGUAAGUAAUAAGUGUUCAUUGACAUUCAUUGAUAUUUUUCUAGUUCAUUUAAUGCCAUUUUGCUGUAUUCCUGUACCAGGUUCAUGAGGUUUUUGUUCUGCACUGUCUGAACAGGCUUAAAGUUUUCUACUCUUUUAUUUUACAUUAGGUCCUCUUCAUUUUUUUAUUUCUAUUUUUCUUUUUUUUUUAAGUGUUCUGACAUUCAGUUGUUUCAAACAAGUUAAUUAGACUGUCAAAGUUUUCUAUGUUAAUUUAUUUCUGAUUUUUUUUUUUAUCAUGUAUGCACUUUUGAUGUUUUUUUUUUUGUUUUUUAUUUCUCCAAAAGGAUAAAUGUGUAUAUACUUUGUUGGGCUACCCAUGCAAGUAUAAAUUGAAAGAUCUGAUUAAAAAUACUGAAACAGUUCAA